AUGUACUCCAACCAAACCCCGCACACUCCCGGCGCACCUUAUGUGCCGUCUCAUGGCCUACCGACGCCUACGUCGGUUGGGAGCGGCCAGUACACUCAGUAUGCGAACACAGUGCCCAACGCACCAUACAUGGCUUCUGUUCCGCUUCCCCGCACGCCGAACGGCGGCUAUACCCAGCUUCCAUCCCCUCCUGAGAGUCCGAGUGCUCCUCGUCACUCCCCUCCGACCCUAGGAGAGUACAUCACGCCGCGCCGCCGUAUAUCGUAUGAUGUUCGCGCUGCUCCCGUCUCGGCCGUUCAUCCCAGCUAUCUCUCGCAACCUGCCGCAGACCGCCCGUUUACUAUCUACAUUCCCGCUCUUGGCAAUGCAGUGGGCGUGAGCUAUGUGUCUGUUCCGUGUCACCGCGGAUACCCUGUCACGGUGCAGACUGUGCUCGAAUGCUUGAGCUCUCAUCUUGCCGCCCCGAUGUCGUCUCAACUGUUCUCAUCCUUAGACCGCAAUCAGCGGGCCGCUGUUGAUUCACUUCGGAUACAUGAGCGCGGGCCAAACGCAGCGCGCACUCUGCGAGACCUCUUGCAUGCCAACGUCUACUUCAAGGGCCUGUCGGUCGAGAACGGACACGUCGUGGCUCACCUUAGUCAUCAGCCUUGA